GCUCUGACUUAUGCUGCAUUCGUCAUUGCGAAGCUUAAUCUCUGCGAACAGCAGUAUUUUCUUUGCCUAAAUUGAACAUGAGGACUUGGGUUCCAUAUAUCAACGGCUUACACGUUGUGCUUAUCUUUUUGGAGUUGAGAUGGUGUUACACACUUGAUAAUAAGGUUUUCGACGGCGUGCGCAAAAGUAGAGGACCAAGUGCCUCCACUUUGGGAAAGACGUGCAACGUUCUUAUGGGUUGCAAGCAGGAAAAUGACGAUAGUAAGCGUGUUGUAGGCGGCUCGGCGUUACUUCAGGGGGAGUGGCCGUGGCUGGUAUCAAUGCACUUCAUGUAUUGGGAGAACUUCACGAUUCAUUUCUGUGGAGCGACACUUAUUCACCCACAGUGGCUACUCACCGCCGCGCACUGCUUCAUGCGUGACCGCAGUGGUAAAGGCCGCCAGUCAGACAAAAACAACUGGCACGUGAUGCUCGGGGAGCAUGCGCAGGGUGAAGAGGAAGGCAUGGAGCAGAUGUUUACAUUGGACAAGAUUGUCACACACCCCGAGUUCUUGCAUGAUCAGAAAAAGAGUAUUCUCUAUGAUAUCGCCCUGGUAAAGUUGAGCAGGCCCGCUCUCAUGUCCGAGUACGUGAACACCAUCUGUAUCGAGCCCAACUACACCGCACCCGAUCACAGCCACUGCGUCACUGCGGGAUAGGGAACGUUAGUGGAAGGUGGUGUGGGAGCGGAAGUGCCGCACCAUGCGAGUUUACAGAUCGUGUCCUAUGCCGUCUGCGCCGACCGCUACGAUCUACUUCCGGAGGAAGACCGCUUUGAGAAUUUCGUGUUCGACGACUCCGUUAUUUGCGCCCUCGCUGAAGACAGGGGCUCCUGUCAUGGCGACUCGGGCGGUCCGCUGGCGUGCUUCCAUGACGGCCAUUGGACACAGGUGGGCGUGGUCUCUACUGGUUUUAGAUGCACCCACCCACUGUAUCCCGGGAUCUACACGCGCGUUAACCGCUUCUUCGACUGGAUAGAGACUGUCAUCGAGUCCAACUGAGUCGCCAAAUCUCAAGGAAACUUCUCUUCUUGUUAUACUUUGAAGUAAAUCUGCUCGACUUGAAACAUCACUGCGAUAUAAUGUAAUCGUUUCUUCUCUUUUUAUC